CCUGGAAGCAGUUCCGGGAAACCCCGCGUGCUGCCGGGAUCGCGUCUCUAUCCAUGAGGGGGGGAGGGGGUGGCGCGCGCGCCAUUUCUAGUCGUUUUCAAAGCGCCUCGCGCUGAUUCUCACGGGCCCGGCCUCCGGCCCCAGCUCUGCCCCGCAGCAUAAUAAAAUGGCUAAUCAGGUGAAUGGUAAUGCGGUACAGUUAAAAGAAGAGGAAGAACCAAUGGAUACUUCCAGUGUAACUCACACAGAACACUACAAGACACUGAUAGAGGCAGGCCUCCCACAGAAGGUGGCAGAAAGACUUGAUGAAAUAUUUCAGACAGGAUUGGUAGCUUAUGUCGAUCUUGAUGAAAGAGCCAUUGAUGCUCUCAGGGAAUUUAAUGAAGAAGGAGCUCUGUCUGUACUACAGCAGUUCAAGGAAAGUGACUUAUCACAUGUUCAGAACAAAAGUGCAUUUUUAUGUGGAGUUAUGAAGACCUACAGGCAAAGGGAGAAACAGGGGAGCAAGGUGCAAGAGUCUACAAAGGGACCCGAUGAAGCAAAGAUCAAGGCCUUGCUUGAGAGGACUGGUUAUACCCUGGAUGUAACCACAGGACAGAGGAAGUAUGGUGGUCCUCCACCAGACAGUGUGUACUCUGGCAUGCAACCUGGAAUUGGAACAGAAGUCUUUGUAGGUAAAAUACCAAGAGAUUUAUAUGAGGAUGAGUUGGUGCCCCUUUUUGAAAAGGCUGGUCCCAUUUGGGAUCUACGUCUUAUGAUGGAUCCACUGUCUGGUCAGAACAGAGGGUAUGCAUUUAUCACCUUCUGUGGAAAGGAAGCUGCACAGGAAGCUGUUAAACUGUGUGACAGCUAUGAAAUUCGCCCUGGUAAACACCUUGGAGUGUGCAUUUCUGUGGCAAACAACAGGCUUUUUGUUGGAUCAAUUCCGAAGAAUAAGACUAAAGAAAACAUUCUGGAAGAAUUCAGUAAAGUCACAGGUUUAACAGAGGGUUUGGUGGACGUUAUUCUCUAUCAUCAACCCGAUGACAAAAAGAAGAAUCGGGGGUUCUGCUUCCUUGAGUAUGAGGAUCACAAGUCAGCAGCACAAGCCAGACGCCGGCUGAUGAGUGGAAAAGUAAAAGUAUGGGGAAAUGUAGUUACAGUUGAAUGGGCUGACCCUGUGGAAGAACCAGAUCCAGAAGUCAUGGCUAAGGUGAAAGUUUUAUUUGUGAGAAACUUGGCUACUACAGUGACAGAAGAAAUAUUGGAAAAGUCGUUUUCUGAAUUUGGAAAACUUGAAAGAGUGAAGAAGUUGAAAGAUUAUGCAUUUGUUCAUUUCGAAGACAGAGGAGCAGCUGUUAAGGCCAUGGAUGAAAUGAAUGGCAAAGAAAUAGAAGGGGAAGAAAUUGAAAUAGUCUUAGCCAAGCCACCAGACAAGAAAAGGAAAGAGCGCCAAGCUGCUAGACAGGCCUCCAGAAGCACUGCGUAUGAAGAUUAUUACUAUCACCCUCCUCCUCGUAUGCCACCUCCAAUUAGAGGUCGGGGUCGUGGUGGGGGGAGAGGUGGAUAUGGCUACCCUCCAGAUUACUAUGGCUAUGAAGAUUACUAUGAUGAUUACUAUGGUUAUGAUUAUCACGACUAUCGUGGAGGCUAUGAAGAUCCCUACUACGGCUAUGAUGAUGGCUAUGCAGUAAGAGGAAGAGGAGGAGGAAGGGGAGGGCGAGGUGCUCCACCACCACCAAGGGGGCGGGGAGCACCACCUCCAAGAGGUAGAGCUGGCUAUUCACAAAGGGGGGCACCUUUGGGACCACCAAGAGGCUCUAGGGGUGGCAGAGGGGGUCCUGCACAACAGCAGAGAGGCCGUGGUUCCCGUGGAUCUCGGGGCAACCGUGGGGGCAAUGUAGGAGGCAAGAGAAAGGCAGAUGGGUACAACCAACCUGAUUCCAAGCGCCGUCAGACCAACAACCAACAGAACUGGGGUUCUCAGCCCAUCGCUCAACAGCCGCUUCAGCAAGGUGGUGACUAUUCUGGUAACUAUGGUUACAAUAAUGACAACCAGGAAUUUUAUCAGGAUACUUAUGGGCAACAGUGGAAAUAGACAAGUGAGGGCUUGAAAAUGAUACUGGCAAGAUACGAUUGGCUCUAGAUCUACAUCCUUCAAAAAAAAAAUUGGCUUAUCUGUUUCAUCUUUAAGUAGCAAUUUGCUGCCAUUUGUAUUGGGCUGAAGAAAUCACUAUUGUGUAUAUACUCAAGUCUUUUUAUUUUUUCCUCUUUUCAUAAAUGCUCUUGGACAUUAUUGGGCUUGCAGAGUUCCCUUAUUCUGGGAGUUACAAUGCUUUUAUCCUUUCAGGCUUCAUUUUAGCUUCAAAACAAGCUGAGCACACUGUUAAAUCAUGAUUUUGCAGAACCUUUGGUUUUGGACAGCUUCAUUUUUUGGAUUUGGGAUAGAUUACCUAGCAGUAUGGAGUAUGCUGUAAAUAAAAAUACAAGCUAGUGCUUUGUCUUAGUAGUUUUAAGAAAUUAAAGCAAACAAAUUUAAGUUUUCUUGUAUUGAAAAUAACCUAUGAUUGUAUGUUUUGCAUUCCUAGAAGUAGGUCAACUGUGUUUUUAAAUUGUUAUAACUUCACACCUUUUUGAAAUCUGCCCUACAAAAUUUGUUUGGCUUAAACGUCAAAGCCGUGACAAUUUGUUCUUUGAUGUGAUUGUAUUUCCAAUUUCUUGUUCAUGUAAGAUUUCAAUAAAACUCAAAAAUCUAUUCAAAACAUUA